GUCUGUGGCAACGAAUCGUGCGAAGUUGUAACAAACAUUGUUUGCCUUAACAUAAUUAUGUAACUAAAGUUUGAAGAAAGUGACGGUCCAGAUAGAACACUUAACUAGAUAUUUAAUUCGGUUACUCCAUGAUAUUUGUAUUAGAUAUUAUGUUCAUUGUUUUAUUUUAAUUCGCUAUCAUUUCUGGCAACUCAAUCCGCGAUGUCUGGAAACGACCGACUCAGUAUGCGAAUCAAAAGUGAAGAGAACAGCUCGAGUUUCCAAGACGAUCAUGGUUACGCGACCAUGCAUUUCAACAUCAAGACGGAGCCUAUGGACUCAGAAUAUGAGAGCGACUCAAACACUCAGGACCCUCUAGACACUACUGGAUUCGUUCCUCAGACCGAAAAAAAUCACCACAGUGAAGAUACAAAUAAUAGUAAAAACUUUCCGUCCAACGAAACUAACAACAUUGCAAACGUUCGGCGUGAACUUCACUGCUGCUCCUUCAACAUUUAUGAGCCUCUGUUGAAACUGUCCUACAUCACUGGCAACGAUACUGAGACUGCAUCAAAAAAAUCUGCCAAUACCCAGCAGCAGCCUUUUGAUUGUCCAGUCUGCUCGCAGAGCAUGGCUGACGCACAGGCCCUGCACAGACACGUGAUUGGUGCGCAUCCUGCUGCCUACGGAAUCAAUUUCAACGCUAUUUGCCCUGGCUGUGACUGCCAGUUUGACUGUCUGCCGCUGCUGGAUAAACACCUGUCGAACCAGCCAAGCUGCACACCUGAGAGAUUGGACAAAGGUGGCAUACUAAGCUGCCGCUAUUGCCACACAUUUUCUUGUCGAGACGCCAUCUUAUGGCAUGAGUCCACCCAACACUCAAAAGAAUUUCUGAAAACGAGCAGGUUCAAGUGCUGCAUGUGUCCCAGGCAUUUCCCGCAGUUCCAACAGUGCAAAGAGCACAUUUUGAAAAGAGAGUGCCUCAAUAUUUGCGUCGCUUGCAAGAAAGUUUUCCCAAUGCUAUACCUCCUUGCUGAACACAUCAACAAGAAGCACUUGCUGGUUUCAAGCAUUUUUCUCACAACCGUCAACUCGAUGAUGUGCUCUAACUGCGGGACUCAGUUCCAGAAGCCAGGCGAGCAAGUGGGGCACAUUUGCCCAAAAUACUGUCGACUGUGUGACGCAACUUUCCCAGCCUAUUCCCUUUACGCAAACCACAUUUGGCAGAUCCAUCACAACUGGGUUGGAUUCUGCGAAACUUGCAAGAGCGUCUUUGACAACAAAGAAGUCUAUGCACGCCACGUGAGUCACCGAGUUUGUAAGCAGUGCAAAAACUGCCGCUUUCCAUUUAACGACCUGAAGGACAAGUCCAAGCACAAGUGCUCGACGGAGGUGUUGCCGCCCAUCACCUACACGGUCCAUGCUUUGGCGCCGCGAGUGGCCAAAGACAGCGCGCUCACUGAGAGUGGCGAAAUCUACUGCAAUCUGUGCGGCUUGCACUUUCUGUCUGACCAGCUCUACCAUGAGCAUUUGGGCGAGCCAGACCGAUGCUUGGGCUGCAGACUGUGCACCUACGUGGCCAGUAACAAGAAAGAGCUUGUACAACAUGUGCUGCGCGAGCACGAGCACACGGACCUGGGUUUGUCUGUCACGGAGCACAAGCCACUGACGGCACCGACCGAGACUCAAGUGCCAGAUGAAGUGACUGAUUAUGGGGCUGUUACUGAUUUUGAAGGCUACUGCGCUGUUUGCAAACAGAUUGUUGACAGCAAGGACGACUUUGAAGAAAAUCACAUGGCCACGUUCAAGUGCAUCGAGUGCAGCGUGGUACUUCGAUGCAAACUCAAUUACAUGAAGCACAUUGCACGCGCACACAGUUCUACCUGCACGAUAUGUAAAAAAUACACAGACUUCAUAAAUCUGCACAAUUUAAAACGGCACGCGCAAGCCGCUGCUAUUCCCUUGGAUCAGCCUGUUGCAUUAUUUUCCUGUUCAAAGUGCAACGUUCACGCUUUUGAAUUACAAGUUUUGUUGAAAAAAGCAGAAGAUCCUGAAAGUUGCCAGCACAUCAGAAGUUUGUGGCAGUUUGAUCUAUGAAGAUAAAAAUUCAUUAUGUACUUUUGAGUUGAUUGAUAGACCGGAAAUUUGUGAUUCACAAGUAACCGAACGAAAAAUUAAAGGAGAAAAAUAAAUUGUUAAGACAAUUGCAUGGAAGAUAGAAAUAAAAUAUUCUUUACUGCUACAUAUA